ACACAAUUCUCGCGAGAAGUAGAGGAGCCCGGAGCCUUCUGCUGGGGGCGGAGGCCUAGGGGUGCAGCACGUGGGAUUUGCGCCAGCGCGGAAUCGGGCUGCCGGGCCGUUUGGGUCCAGGACGGAUUUGGAACCGUGGAGAUGAGGAAAGAAACGCCACCGCCGCUCGUGCCGCCCGCGGCCCGGGAAUGGAACCUCCCUCCAAAUGCUCCCGCCUGUAUGGAGCGGCAAUUGGAGGCUGCGCGGUACCGGUCUGAUGGGUCCCUUCUGCUUGGGGCUUCCAGCCUGAGUGGUCGCUGCUGGGCCGGCUCCCUCUGGUUUUUCAAGGAUCCCUGCGCGGCCCCCAACGAAGGGUUCUGCUCCGCCGGCGUCCAGACCGAGGCCGGUGUGGCUGACCUCACUUGGGUAGGGGACAAAGGUAUCCUGGUGGCUUCUGAUUCAGGUGCUGUUGAAUUGUGGGAGCUAGAUGAGAAUGAGACACUUAUUGUCAGCAAGUUCUGCAAGUAUGAGCAUGAUGACAUUGUGUCUACUGUCAGUGUCCUGAGCUCUGGCACACAAGCCAUCAGUGGUAGCAAAGACUUCUGCAUCAAGAUUUGGGACCUGGUCCAGCAGAUGGUCUUGAAUUCAUACCGAGCUCAUGCGGGGCAGGUUACCUGUGUUGCUGCCUCUCCCCACAAGGACUCUGUGUUUCUUUCAUGCAGUGAGGACAGUAGAAUUUUACUCUGGGACACCCGUUGUCCCAAGCCAGCAUCACAGAUGGGCUGCAAUGUUUCUGGCUACCUUCCUACCUCCCUGGCUUGGCAUCCUCAGCAGAGUGAAGUCUUUGUCUUUGGUGAUGAGAAUGGGGCUGUCUCCCUUGUGGACACCAAGAAUGCAAGCUGUAUUCUGAGCUCAGCUGUGCACUCCCAGUGUGUCACUGGGUUGGCGUUCUCUCCACACAGUGUUCCCUUUCUGGCCUCUCUCAGUGAAGAUUGUUCAGUUGCUGUUCUGGAUUCACGCCUUUCUGAGGUGUUUAGAAGCCGAGCCCACAGAGACUUUGUGAGAGAUGCUACUUGGUCCCCACUCAAUCACUCCCUUCUGACCACAGUUGGUUGGGAUCAUCAGGUCGUCCACCAUGUUGUGCCCAUAGAGCCUCUCCCAGCCCCUGGACCUGAGACUGUUGUGGAGUAGAUUGGAUUUCAGAGAAAAGCCCUCCACACAAGAGAAUCCACUCCUUUGCCCCUGCCUUCAGUUUGUGAGAUAACAUAGGAGUCUUGUAGAGCCUUGUAGACUUGUUAGUACUGAGAAGUUAGAGGCAUUGAUUCUUAGACU